UGGGUUUGCAUCACAUUUCAUACGAGGCAAGGUCAACACGGAUCAAGUCAUUAAUGUCAUUAAUUUACCUUCAUACACAAUAUCUACUUGUAUGAAUAAAUACGAUCUUUUCAAGUGUUUGAGAUUUAUAGACAUAGGAACAGACCCUAGAUGUUAUAUUUAGUAAAAAUCGUGUACUUUUAGUAUCAUAUUCGUGUUAUAUUGUGAUCAGUAACAUAUGGUACAAAAUGGAUUGUUGUUCAUCAACUACUUAUCUUGUUUAUGGAUUGAUAGCUAUACUGACCUACAUUAUAUAUAAUUACAUUAAGGGAUGGCAUACACGGUCAAAAUUGCCACCUGGGCCACCACCGUGUCCUAUUUUUGGAAACAAAAUACUGUUCAAAAAGGAUCCGUUGGGAUAUAAACGCUUAACAGAGUUAUCUAAACAGUAUGGAAGUGUUUAUCGUUUAUACUGCGGUUCGACUAAAAUUGUGUUUCUAAACGGAUAUGAUGCGAUACAUGAAGCGUUUGUUAAACAGGCAGCUGUAUUCACUGACCGACCCCAACUGUUUGCUCCACUCAUUGGUGUGUCAAAGGGUACAGGUAUAACAUACAACAGUGACCAUAACUGGAAAACUCUGCGGCGUUUUACUCUCCAAGCAUUGAGAGAUUUUGGAGUGGGGAAGAAAUCUUUGGAGGAACAAAUUGUAGAAGAGAUUGAUGUAGUCUCUGAUACCUUAAAGGCCAGCAAUGGGGAACCGAUUCGAGUCAAACCACUCCUCUUGUCAGCUGCAACUAAUAUUAUUUGUAGUGUCAUGUUUGGAGAGAGAUUCAGUUAUGAAAAUUCCAGGUUCACAGAACUGACAGGCGUUUUGGAAGAAAUAUUUCGUUUAAACGCUCCAUUUGCAAAGGAAAAUUUCUUUCCAAUUACCAGACUCUUCCCCUCAGGUAGAGAGUUAAUCCGGAGGAGAAGCGCGGCAAUAGAGAAAGUAAAAAGAUAUUUAGCUAGGACGAUCAAAGAACAUGAAGAUACAUUUGACAGUAAUAACAUCAGGGAUUUUAUUGAUUUAUAUCAUAAAGUGUCAAUGGACGAAUCAGAACCAGAAAUAUUUACAGAGGCUAACAUUUACAAAGUGAUAGUUGAUUUGUUCCUGGCAGGAGGAGAAACAACAGGUACCAGCUUGGACUGGUCCUUGCUGUAUAUGAUAAGAUACCCAGAUAUACAAAGAAAAUGUCAGGCAGAAAUCGACAAGGUUGUAGGAACAAACCGAAGAGUAAAACUGUCAGACAAGGUUAACCUCCCUUUUCUAGAGGCCACCUUACUGGAAAUCCAAAGAAUAGGAAAUACAUUAACAUUUUCCUUGCCACACGUGGCAAAGACAAAUGCCACACUACAAGGUUACUUUAUUCCUAAAGAUUCCAUUGUCAUUGCCAAUUUAUAUUCUGCACAUAUUGAUGAAAAAUAUUGGGAUGAUCCUGAAACAUUCAGGCCAGAGAGAUUUCUGGACAGUGAUGGCAAAAUCCAGAGGAAGGAUGCAUUUGUUCCCUUCUCAAUAGGUCCAAGGUUUUGUAUUGGAGAACCACUUGCAAGAAUGGAACUGUUUUUAUUCUUCACCAACCUAUUACAACAGUUUUCAUUUACACCUACAGAUGGGAAUGAUCUCCCUUCACUUGAUGGUAUCCAAGCUUUGACAUUGACCGCAUUGCCUUACCACUUGGUGGCAAGGCCUAAAUGAUAACUAACUUAGAUAUAUUACACAAUUAUAUUCUUUAUUAGCUUUAAAACAUAUAUCAAUUAACAUUAAAAUAUUGAAAACAAUUAAAAUUCAUGGUUGUACAAAUUGUGAUUGUUCAUAGAAAUUACAUCAAGGUUAAUUAAAACAGUACGAAAACUUAAA